CUUUCCUUUUUUCAGUGGCGCCGCUGGCUUUUAUUGCCUGCCUCCCCCCAUUCAGCGCAUUCUCGCUCUCGUCUCGCGCGGUCCGCCACCGACGACGCCCAGGAAUAGGCGGACGCCGGGUCCAUCGGCGGCCGAGGGCGACGGAGCGGGCCAGCGAGCCCACACCAUGGGCGUCCACGCGGCGCCCGCGUUACCACCACCGCCGCCGCCACCACGAGGAGGAGCACGGGAGGCGGACGACAGCGACCAUGGCCUCCUCCGCGUCGGAGCCGUGGCGGUGGCGGAGUCGCCGCCGCCCAUGUCCUCCUGCGGCCGCUACAUCCUCCACCGCGUCUGCCGCUUCGACACCCUCGCCGGCGUCGCCAUCAAGUACGGCGUCGAGGUGGCGGACGUGAAGAGGGUGAACGGCCUCACCGCCGACCUGCAGAUGUUCGCGCACAAGACGCUGCGGAUCCCACUCCCCGGGAGGCACCCUCCCGCCGCACCCCAUUCUCCUCCUCCUCCUCCCUCUUCUUCCCCAAACGCCAGGGAUUGGACUAUGCGUCGCCCUCCCAAAAAUGCUGCCUUGGAUCCAUUUCUGAAACCGCCCCGGAGCAUGGUUUCGCCAUCCAUGAGCCUGUUGCAGGGAUACUAUGGCCUCGCGCCAACUCCAAACAUGGACCCAACAGAUGAAGGCGUCGAAAUGGCGAUGGCUAUUAAAGGUCAGCAUAGGAAAGCCAGAAGCAUAUCGACUGGCUUCAAUCUUGAAAAUGGGGAUGCCAGUCGGGAGACUGAUGAUGCUGAAAAGCCAAUAAGGCGGCGCCAGAAAGCUGAUCUCGAGUUGUCAGCAAGGGAGGACAGCACUGGUGGCCUAUUGCCGAGGGCGGGGCAAGGUUUGGCGCUGAGGCCAAAGUCGGGCAAUCGACAAGAUACAAACAGUAGCCAGCAAGAUCUUGUGGCUACCGGGUUGGUGCCCUCGUAUGGCGAUGGCCUGCUAGCCGUCAGGAAAUCAUCGAGCACUCCAGAAUUCCAUGAUUCAGACAACAGCAUCGCUUCAGUGUGGCUGAGGAGCAAGUGGAACUUGAAACCAGAUGCCUUCAGUAUACCUCUCCCAAUCCUGCUCUUGGACAGCAUCCAGAAGCCUUUCUUCGACAGCAUUCCCAAGCCAAUUGCUGCUUGGAGAAGCAAGGCGGCCAGGGAUUAACAAGGUUCAUAGCUCGUUUAUACACCUUAUAAUUUAUCGUGUCGUCGCUCUUGAUCCUAUUCGAGGUGCAGGAGGAGGAGCUUCUUUUACAAGCCCGCGGACAUACUGGUUUCGACAGUGGACACUGCAAACACAGAGAGUAAUGCACUUCUUCCAUAAGUUGCAAAGAUGAUGCCGAAAAGACAGUGUUGGAUACUCCAUACAGUGAUACAUUAGCUCUACAUACAUAGUGUACCUGCUGCACCAAAGCAGCAGAUACAGCAGCAGCAGCAGUUUGUUUCCUUUUUUUAUGAAUUAUAUAGUCCAGAGAGCCUUGGGCUUUUACGAGGGUAUUCUUGUUCUUUUGUAAGCGAUGCAGAACUGCAGAUAGACAACAUAUAUAUAGGUUCAAAGGGAAACGAGGAGCAGAAUGUGUACACUAAUGAAGAAACGGCUUUGUUAGUGCUUCCAUAUUACUACUUGUGAUCUCAAUUCUGUUCUUGGAAAUAUUAGCUAUGAAGAUACGAAAAUUCGCUUUGUUUA